UGCAGGGGUGAGAGCGUCGGGGGCGCGCACGGUUGGCUGUGAGGGCUGGCAGCGGGAGCGUGCCCGGGAGAUGUCUUGGCGGGCGCCGUUCGGGGAGGAGGAGGCGGCGUCAUUGAGCCGUCUUCGGGAAUUCUUCUGCCGGAGUCUGCGGCGGGGGCACUGGGGGCUGGCGCGGGCCUGUCUGCCGCAACUUUCCCGGGGUCCUGAUGCUGAAGAAGUGGAGGAAAUACUGAGAGGUCUGGUCACAGCCCCGCACCUGCUCCGGUGUGAUGAGGAGCGCUCGCCUCAGAGGCUCGCCUGGUAUUGGUAUGACGCGUUGGACGCUUGGCUGGGCCAGGCUGAGAAGCGGCCGCCGGAUGUUCUCACAGAUGAAACUGAGUUCCUUCUUCUGCUGGAGGAGUUUCAGGAUGAAGCAUCAGAGCAAGCUGUGAAGGAGCUGUAUGAAGCAUUUCUAUACAGUCACUCAGAAGUAAAGGAAAGAAGGGAAACCCCAAGUCCUCGAUUCAGCGAGGCUACCAUCUCAUCUCUCCGGGGAGGUUUAUCCCAGAAUCCUCGGCUGGUGCAGGCACUGAUAGGUUUUCUAUUAGUGGAUGAUGCCUCUAGUGAAUACAACCACUACCUUCUGAACAUCACGGUGAACUUCCUCUUAGACUUGUUAUCGUCACUCCAGGAGAAAGAUGAGGCUGGGGCCACACGUGGACAUACUGUCAGUCAGAUAUACAGGGUCUUAGGCUCUAUGCACUUCAGUAUGGAGCUCCAGGCCAGCGAGCUCCGCCAUUUAUGUGAGGAGCUCUUUGAGAUUUGUUCUGACAAGAGAAUUCUCUCAGAAGAUCAUGUUCAGGCGUGUUUGCUGAGGAAGCAGAACUUUGGACUCGUUACCUUGUAUGGUACUGUGUCUAAGGAGAAGAUAAAGGCCCAUAUAAUCACUCAGAAGUCUCCUGGAAAAGGACCAGGAGCAGCUCAAGACCUUAGUGAUGCAGAAAGAGCAGUCCUUACUUUAUUCUAUGAUCGGGAGCAGGCAAGGCCGUGGAAGAAGAUCUAUUUCUACAGUCUGUCUACAGACAAACACUUCCUGUUGCAGAUUCUGCUUACUGCCUUGGCCCUCUUGAAAAAAGAAGAUUUCUCCAGUCUACACAUGCUCCUGUCUAACGAGUUUACGCCUUUGAGACGUCUUCUAGUUCUCUUGGGAUGGACCCACCUGCAGAGUACAGAGUCCGCCAAAUCACUGCUGCACGUCAUGCACAAAAAUAUGGAUCUCCACGAUGAUUCAUUAUUAAAAGAGUUCUGUGAUGGCCUCCUGUACCAGGUGGAAGCUUUGGAGUGGUGCAUAGAGCACAGCCGGCAGGAGAUUUCCAAAAAAGACGUUCUCCGUCAUUUAUGCACCUUGGACAGCCACUCUGCUCUGUACAUUCUUCAUCAUCUCACCAACCUGCCUCAGCUUCACGAAGACGAAGUUCUGAAGCUUCUGCACAGAGGACUCCCACAGGAAGUUUAUGCAGAACAUCACGAUGUACAUGAGCAGACUCAACACCGGAACAUAGUUGUGUUUCGGGCGUUCUGUGCUAUGAAGUAUGCCAUCUACUCUCUGUGCGUCAGUGCUCCCAGUAAUGCCCAGUACAAGGACCACCAUACCAACCAGCAGAGCAGCUCACUGGAUGACAGCGAGUGUGGGAAGAGCUCAGAAUCUCCAAAUCUCUUUGUUCAGUAUUUAACCAAGUGCCAGUAUUAUUUAUAUCCUCUGCCUUUACCACUAAAACUGGAGCUGCUGGAAAACAUCUUCUCCUUAAUGUUUACUUCCCUGGCCGAUCUCAACUCCGAGUCUCCCCUUCCAGAGGGCAGUGCUGGGAACGAAGGUGAAGAAGACUCGGAAGUGAAGGGCGGCAGGCUGAGUAGCCUGGACAGUAGCACUGAAAAAGUGGAGUCUACACUGACCAGGUCUCCGCUAGAAUGUUCCUUACAUAAUAACAGUAGCGCCUUCAUCACCGACCUGAAUGGUACACCUCAGGCAUCAACACCGUGUGCUUUAGAAAUCUCCCAGAACAAUUUGUGGGACCUGGUGGGAUCGAACUAUAUAGAUCUGAAGCAUUUCACCAGUAGGUUGAGCGGAUUUUUGGUGGAUGAGGUUGUGUUGGACACGUUCUUAAAAAUGUUGAAAGAACAGGUAGACCUAAUUCUAGAGGCCUUCGCAUGGACAAUCCCAACCUUGGCGAUGAAGAAGGGUUGCUUACAUCAGAAUGGCUUCAAGAAUAGAGUAAUCCAGUUGUCGAAGUAUAUUUCUGAAGCCCAGUGGAGGUACAAAGUGGUGAUGAGCAACAGGAAUGCGGAGUGCGAGCUUGUCUCUACACGACUGCAACUGAGAACUUACAAAGCUUCAAGUAAUCAAAGACGUAGAAGAGCCAAAGGAUCAGGAUCCAGGAAACAGACUGAAAGCACGAGCAGCGAACUGAGCACGUCAGGUAACGAAGCAGCUGCCACCAACCUGUCGGCCAGAGCUGACAUGGACGGCAGGAGCUACCUCCAGCAGCGAAAUAACCUGAUCCCCAUGAUGCUUUCACCACCAGAAUCCCUGCUCGUUUCGUGUAUAUUGCGAGGAAAUUAUACCGAUGCCCAUGAUGUCUCGAGGAUGUUUAAUCUGCAAUCUUCUCCAAACCACGGCGAGCUCGUUUUUAUGGAGCGAUAUCAAGAAGUCACACGUGAACUCUCAAAAGUGGAGAAAAAAAAUGAAAAUCAGACCUCCGAGGUUAGCAUCAAAAAGCUGGGCAGCAGCCGCUCUACUCUGCAAGCAAUAGGAAGCGCAGCCGCAGCAGGAAUGGUCUUCUAUUCUAUAUCUGAUGUGACGGACAGGCUGGUCGCUCCAUCGGACUGCCUGUUACCGACUUUACAAGAAGACUUCUGGCUGAGAAGUGCGCGCCUGGAGAAGACUGAUCGCUGGAGACGUCUGGUGGAAGAGAUGAAUCCAGCCGCAAUGGCAGCUUUUGAUUUGGCAUGCACACAAGCCCAUCUCUGGAAAACGUGCAAACAGCUGCUCGAGGCGGCGGAGAGACGUCUGCAACAUUGUCUGGAGAGCAAAGGCCGGAGUACUGAGGUGAUGAAGGAACAUCCUGAAGGCAUCAGAGGUGUCCAAGCGGUUCUUCAGCAGAUGAGUAAAAUCAUUAACUACCCCAGCCUACCACAAGGACAGACGGAGAUAGAGGAGAAGAUAAGCGGCCAGCUGAGAUGUAGCAUAACGGAGCUCUUCCAUACCUGUUACUCUGUGCUAAGAGAUGAACACAUGGUGCGCCAUAUCACCCUGAGCCACGAGCUGGAGAAGAACAGCGCACAACUCAAAGCUGCAGUCGCUUCCCUCGAACCAAAAGGAAAUCUGGUCCAUUCCUUAGUGGAUCAGCUGUCGAUGAAACCUCCAGAUGUUCAGAUCCAUCCUGUCCGCAAGCAAAUGACUCUUCUCAUGAGCAACCUGGAUGAACUCGCACUGUUGUCGGACAAUCAGGGCUUAACCUUCAGCCCCAUUCAUUGCUUUUUCACCUACAUGGACACUUUGGCCAAAGUCAUUAUUCAAAGCUUAAAUUCAGAUUUAGAAACCUCUUUGGAAGUAAAGGUGGCAAAUCCUUUUGUUCUUCUGCAUCAAAAGCCAUCACAAGUGGCAUCCCAUCUGCUGUUUGAACGGCAGGUCCCACCAGAAAGGUUGUCAUCCUUGUUGAAGAAGGAGAAUCUGGUCUUGGAUGUGGGGCAGGUGAUUGCAGAUUACUGUUGUGAGAGUCUGUCCUUCUGCAACUUGAGGAGGGUGAAUCAAGCCCAGUGUCUGUUACUGAGCCUGGUCCAGUCCGCACAGCAGUGCGUGGACUCUUCCCUUCCUGACGUGGACCUUGUGAUGUCCAUAUGUCCCCAGGACUCUGAGGACUCCGCUGAGAGCAGACCUACGUCUCCUUCUUCUGACUCCAGCCAGUACUCUCUUACAGCAUCAGCUCUCAACUUUUUAAAGGCUAAAUCUACAUUAAACGCAGUCGUUGUGUGCUUAAGUGCCACCAAAAGCCUAAAGCCGGCCAAGUCUGGCCUGUCCUGGAAGGAGUUACGAGGCAGCAAGAAGGAAACGCUGGAGAUGGAUACCAUCGCUAAGGAGUGUGACCUACUCCUGGCAGAGUUCCCGGUCUUACAGAGGUUCCUCACCUUAAUGUCGGCACCUUUUCGAGACAGUUCCCAGGAACUUAGUGGGUUGAGUGGUUUUCUGUGUGGGAAGCCAUGCACCGCUUCAGUCCUCCUAGGGCUGCACGCGUCCUCAGCAUCUGCAGUGCUAUCUGAAGCUUUUCAAGAUGUGCUCUCCAGGAAGGACUGGAGGAGCGCGCUGCAGUUUUUGAGCCUUUACGUCGGUGAUUUCGAUCUUAAACAAGUCAGAGAUGCCCUUUUGUGCUGCGCUGCUGCUGAAGAAAAAGAAGGAUGGAGAUACCUUUUCGCUGUUCAGGACCCCACGUUGAGAAGCAGACUGGCCCUUCGUUUUCUGGACAGAUGGCCUUUGGAGGCGUGCAGGGAGCUCUUGUCUUACUGUGCGUGCGAGACCGAUAUGGAAGACGGCCUUAAAGGGGAAUUGAAGACCAAAAGGAAAGAGCUGGAAGUGUACAGGAAGAUUCUGAGCCUGCGUGAAGAUGUAGCCUGGGCAAGUUGGCAAGAUUUAAAGGAAGACUGCACUAGAGAUCCUCAGGCCAUAAUCACAAUUAUCCUAGAGGCGAAGGAUUAUCUGCUGUGUGAGGACUGGGGACUCUUCUAUCCAAUCCCGAUGGAUCUGCUAAUAAGCCUGUACCGUGAGCAUCUCUUACAUCUUCUGGAGAAAAAGGACACGGAGAGGUCCCUGCAGCUGCUGAAGAGAGUCGAGGAUCAGAACCUGCGUUUCGCCGUCACGGAGCAGGCGCUCCUUCAGACUCCUGGCAUAUUUGCUAGUCAUUUUUUAUCUGAGUACUUGCUGGCCCAUUUUCCAAAUAGUCUUUUGGAGAUGCGAUGCAAUGAAAUCCGGAAUGUAUACUUGGGAUCAAAGCUGUUGCUGGCCCUUCCAGAAUGCGCCCACACCAACUAUGAACAUCUCAUCUCCAGCCCGCUGCUGAUGGUGGAGCAGCUGCUGAUGAACAUGAAGAUCGAGUGGGUCUCCAUGGCGGUACAGACACUGCAGCAGCUUCCCAUUGAGUCCGAUUUCACCUUUUCUAUUGAAGAUGUGGACAGAUUGCUGUGCAGUUACGCUGGCAAAGCCUUGGACAUCCCGUUCUCUUUCAGAGAGAAACGGACAGAUUCUGUCAGUCGCAUCCCAGAAAGCAGCAGUCAGUCAGCAGAUCCAGAACAAGUCACCUCGUCCCCUCCUGCAGACCAGACUAAUUCUCCUUUUGUAGAUCGAUCUCGGGUGCAGUCAUCGGAGAAAGGGCACAGGAGGAACAAGUCUUCUCCAGAGUUUGUACCUCCUGACAAACCCCCAGCUAAAACACAGUGGAUUCCAGAUGAAACUGAAGCCAUCUGCAUGGUCUGCAAGGACGAGAGGUUCACCAUGUUCAACCGCAGACAUCAUUGCAGGCGAUGUGGAAGACUGGUCUGCAGCUCCUGCUCCAUGAAGAAGAUGGUGGUUGAAGGCUGCCGGGAAAAUCCUGCCCGCGUGUGUGACCAGUGUCAUAACUAUUUCUUUGCAAACGCUAACAAGACAGACGAGGAUUCAGAGCAAUUGGAAGAAAAACCAGGCGGGAUCUUGGAUCUUUCAGAAGUCCUCCGGCUUUCUAAAGCUGCUGAGGUGCAAUGGUGGCUGACGCUCAAUGAAGCUGAAAAUGAAGUGGAGAGGAAUGAGUUUUAUUAUGAGCAGGCCCCAAGUUCAUCAUUGUGCUCCGCCAUCCUCAAUCUGCACUCAAAAAGCGAUGAAUGUGGCUACCAGCUGAUUGAGCGCUGCUGCCUCUUGUCCAAGGGGCUGACCAACCCCGAGAUGGACAGUCGUCUUCUGCUGGACAUCAUUAAGAAUUUGCUAUUCGGUGCCAAAAUGAUUUUUGUCAAAGCAGCAAGGAGUAACGACCUGGCGCUGUGCGACAGUUACAGCAGUAAGGUGGAUUUGCUGAAGAUUUUGGUGGCAGCAUCCUACCAGGACAUCCCUUCUCUGGAUGAGAUUGUUAGACCAGCCGCGGUAGUACGGUUAAGGAAUCAGCUCUUGGAGGCAGAAUACUACAAUUUGGCCAUAGAGGUAUCUACAAAGACCGGACUGGACCCUUCUGGUGUGUGGCACGCCUGGGGCAUGGCGUGUCUGAAGUCUGAUAACUUACCCGGGGCCAGGGAGAAGUUCAGCAGAUGUAUGAAAGCUCCUUUAGAUCUGAACCAAAAGAAUAUUGGGUCGAAGCUCUUGGAAGAUGUUGUUCAGCACUUGGAGUCUGCAGCCAAACCCAUUCUACUGGUGAAAGACGACGAGUAUUUUGCCACCUUGAAAGAACUGGAAGUUACCCUGAAAGCGCGCUGCCUUUGGUACGAGAUGAUGCCAGAGGGGAAGAUCCAAAAUAACGCCUAUUACCAGGAGUGUCUGUAUUACCUGCACACGUAUGGCACCCACCUGGGAAUUAUACAGUUCUAUAUGAGACAUGACCUCAUGCGGGAUGCUUUGCUGCAUCUAUUGAACAAGGAAUGCUCGGGAGAUAUUUUCAUAGAAGGCAUUUUUGUGCCCAGCUAUGAAAGUGGCAAGUUGCAAACGCUUGAAACGAUGUUAGAAUCUAUAGACUCGACUCUGGAGAGUUGGAGCACCUACCUCAUCGAUGCCUGCAAACAUCUCCAGCAGAAGAACUACUACAACAUCUUGUAUGAACUGCAGCAGUUUAUGAAGGACCAUGUACGUGCAGCCAUGACCUGCAUACGGUUUUUCUCACACAAAGCUAAGAGCUACCGUGACCUGGGUAACAAUCAGACGUGGCUGGUAAAAUCCAAGGAGCAUCUAAAAAUCUACUUACAGGAAGUGUCCCGAAGCAAUAGAAGAAAAUCAUUCGAUACAUUCAGGAAAAAGAUGUCUGCAACCGACGUCUCCAGGCAUAUCAACACUGUUGAACUGCAGAUGGAGAUCACGAAGUUCCUGCAGAGAUGUGAGAGUUUGCGGACUGCUCAGGUGUACGACAAGCCACCGCCCACGCUGUUCGGAAACAGCGCCAUGAUGAUCGAUGUGGCCAGCAGCGUCAUAUUAGGUGGGAAGAACGUAGAAGAAGGCUUUGGAAUUGCUUUUCGAGUCAUCCAGGAUUUCCAGCUUGACGCCUUCAAGGUGUACAGCAAAGUGUGCAAGCAGCUGGUGCAACAGGAGAAUUACUCCGAAAUCCUGCAGCUGGUCAAGUGCGUGAGCGAGUCCGGGAUCGCGGCAGAGAAGGACUGUGAUCAGAUUUUACUCAGAUGCGUUGAAGAAAUGGCAGACGUUCCUUCUGAUGAACUGGAGAAGCUCAUCCAAGGCAUGAGAAGUGAUGAAAUCAAGAUCAAAGCAUUUCUGGCCUGCCGCAUGAUGCGCUCAGCCUACUUGACCGCCGUUAAGCAAGAGCACGAGAAAGCCAUCCAACUAGUACAGGAAGUAUGGCAAGCGGCGCACAACCUGAAUGACAAUGUGGUCCAAGGCAUCUGCUCCAAGUGGCUUGUCGAGCACCCUCCAGUUUCGAAGCAGGCACAGCGCCAUACAUCUCGCAAGUGAGCCUGGUGCCUGGAGGAAGAAAAGAGGGGCCAAGAUGGGUGACUUCUGUUUAGGAGAUAGGAGGACCUUUAGUGAUGUACCUGUAUUGUGCAGACCAGUGGUCUCCAACCUGAGAGCCAUAGUUCGAAGCCACAGGUUGACGACCAUUGGCCUAGAUGUGUCUACCUCACUCCUUAACCGUAGAUGCCUGACUUUUAUACUGGUGUUUUAUAAUGUGUGUGAUGGGCUAUGUGCAUACAGCCACGCUCCUGACCACGUACUAUGUGCAGCAGUUUCAUUAAUUACUAUUUGCUUCAUUACUGAAAUUUUACCUACAAACACCUCAACAUGGCCUACAUCAAAUAACAAGUGUUACAGGGGUUUUCUAGUAGUCGCCCCUUUAAGUGACGCAUAGUCAUUGACACAUUGAGCACUAAGAAUGUAAGUUUUCCUAAAAACUUUUGCUGUCAUUAGGCGGGGGCUGUUUUUGUGGCAGCCUGUGUCGUAGCAGCGUAGGCACAGUAGAUGAGAUUUGUCCUGAAAGGCUGCCACCCUUGUCCGUGGGUUGUGUCUGGUAUUGCAUCUCGGGCCCAUUCAAGUAAAUCGGGCUGAGCUGCAGUGUCAAGUUACGGCCCAUGGGCAGGAAACUGAAAUUUUUAGAUUGUUUUGCUUGAUUUCAGCUAAAUAUGUCACCACAGAGGGGUCCAGAUCAAAGAGGUCCUGACUCUGACCCUAUGGAGAACAGAUUCUUGUUAAGUUUACUUCUAAAAGGUUCUGGUUAUAUGAUAUAUGAUCUGAUUUGUGUUACUUUUAUGGAUAUAGAAUAUGGCUGACUAAUGUAUUUUAUGUAUGUAUACAUAGAACCUUAUAUCUAUCAUUUAUGGAAAUCAGUCUUAACCUACCUUAUGGGCACCAUGAAGUACCAGCAACAGGUACUUCUCCUCACAUCUAGGCUCUGUACAAGGUCGGACUGACCCAACAGCGUUCCAGAAGAUCCUCUGGUGGGCUCGGGCUCUGAUACCUUAGUGGGCCCUAAAAAUACAGAAGAAUUCCCAUUUGACUUUCCUCUCGGGUCUAUUUCUUUGAUUCAAACCUAUUGAACCUCAUUGAUGGUAUAGGGGUUGGGCCUUGAGAAAAAUGUUCUCUGGUGGGACCCCAAUAUCCCCAGUCCAAUACUGCCCCUGUAUGAUGUUCUUACUAUUUAGUCCUAUGGGUAUGAAGGGUUUCUGUGUCUAUGGCUGUGUCCUAUGUGAACAGUGCCGCUGCCGGUUCAGGGGUGAAAUGGGGAGAUACGGUAUACUGGAGAUCUCUCUUUAUUGAUGAAUAUUAAGAGGGUCUUCUGGCUUUGAAACAAAUUUACCUGAUAAAAUGACAAACCCAUACUCUUCUCAUAAAGGGAUUGUCCAGCGAGAGAGAGAAAAAAAAGGUUUCAUAAAAGGAGCAGAAUGGGUUAAAAAAUUAAAUACCGGUUAGCAUUACUUGCUGCAUUGAUCCUCUUCCACUGCUGAGUUGACUCACAGACUGGACCAGAAAGCAGAUACCAGCAGGGACCCUUCACCGGUAGCGACUGGGGAUCUGUGAAGUGACUCAUACUUCUUUUAUUUAAUUGUUUUUAUCCAAUAAAGUAAAUAUUCCCGCUGAAGAACCCCUUUAAAUAACACGUGAUCAGUGCUGCAGUGUAAACAGUCCAGUGGAGGACCAUGGGAUCGGCAGCACUGCGGUGGUGGGCCGAGGGGGUUAACAGGUAAGUGUUAGUUUGUCAGCCUGGAUAUCCCAUCUUUUGUAUAGGAUAAAAUUCUGAACAUGAUGUAUUGUGUAGUUCCUGAUAUGUACAGUGUGCAGUGCUACCUAGAAGUAUCAGUAUUGAUUUAGUUAGUCAUUGUCUGCACUGGGUGACAGCCGUAUGGCACUGACCCAGGUGGCACGCUGGACACGUCUCAUGUGCUUUACUUGUGAUGUUGCUGGAUGACAUUGUGAAGGUUACAUCUCUUCCUGAUUAUGAACAUGAUGCUGAGCAUUAUCUUACUUACUGGAUCCCGCAUAUAGGAUACGAGAUUCUGUGCCAGACUUGUCAUGUAUGUAUAUAGCCUAAAAAAGCCAUUGGCCCAGGACUCCAGCAAUGCUCUGUAGAUGGAACGUGUAGAACCCACAGAUUCCGAUAAUUAUCUAGGGUGGUCACACAAGCCCCAGACAUAAUGCAUCUGCGCCAAUAAUAUAUUAAUUUAUCUGACAUAGUUGUCUUGAUUGCUUGAUUACGAUGGUAAAAUAUAGGAGAUAAGGGACAUAAAAUAAGUCAUCUCCCUGGAGAUGUUCUCUUAUCCCAAGGUGUUAGAAGACCACUAAAUAUACAAUAAAUAUCCUCACUAACUCCUCCCUAAACAUCCUCCUCUCCGGUCUCAUAUUACAGUUCAGUGUGUGAGCUAUAGAUGUAGAAAUCUUUUAUAUGUGUUCCCGAAAAACCAGUCUUUCUCCCUUUUUACUUUUGCACGAUCCAUGGUCUAGCUGUAAGGCAGUGGUCUGCAGCAGGAGCCUCCUCCUCCCGACUUCUAAUGGUCAUGACAAUGGACGGACACCCAGGUUUCUCAGAAACAGAUGUAGCUUGAUUGAAGAGGACAACUUCUUCUUUGCAUAAAUAUCUUAGGGCACUUUUAUAGAUUUCCGGGUUCGACAUUCAUAUAUGAAGGACACCAGCUUGCUUUCUCGGUGUGCUUCUAGGGUUUCUGUAGGACUUGUGUAACUGUUGUGUAAUAGACUGAGUAUACGGUCAACCCUGAUGCCCUCAACGACAUCUUUCUGGGAAAAUCUAUGCAAUAUUUGUAAGUGUGCCCUCUCUUUUGUUUGUAAUGAAACGUAUGGAAAAAUCUUGAUUUGCACUGCGAUCCUUGCACUUUAUAACUGUAUUUUGUACCUUUUGUGUGAGUUUUCUUGUCAAGUCUACAAUGAGAGUUUUUUGUCUAAUACCAAGGAGAAUAUAAUAAAUGAAUCGGCAAAUAAAGUAACAAUU